CAACUGCUUCGUUUGUGCGGUUCCCUCUUCUUCCUGACAUUUUGGCACAAUUCUUUUGCAAAAUCUUUCUCUCCCUUUCUCUGGGUCUCUCUCGCUCCAAUUAAAUUUCCACUUCAACUACUUUGCUCCUUUCUGCCAUGUCUACGCCGCCUCCACUGUUGCACCACAUCACUAAAUAACUGAAAUCUUAUACCCUUUUGGCAACCGGCAGGGCGAUAAAUUCUGCCACGAGAAACGGGCACUGUCUUUUCGAGUUUGUGGAUCACGGGGAUGCUUGUCUUUCAGAAUUUUGAGUUGGUUGGAAUGGGUUAAUAUAUUUGGAGGCCUGCUAGGCUGCUAAGGAACCGUACUUGGAUUUUUUAUUUGUUCAUCAUCAUUUCUCGUGUUUGCCUGGAGUUGGAAUAAAUAGCUUAUCUUCGGGCAUAUGGCAGAAGACAGUCCAAGGAUUGGUGGGCUUUCUUCUGGAUUGGCUGUUAUUUUAAGUGAUAAUGAUAACAGAGGGAGUUCAUCCAAAGGUAGGUGUUUUUCAUAUUGUGAUGAAUUCAAUCAUCAAUCCGUGGAGCGGACACUUGAAUAUGUGUUUGGUCUCCCCAACAAGUCCAUUGAUCCUCUGACUAGUCCAGUUGAUACGGCAUUUAUUCGCUCCAUAAUAAAGAAUAGGUUUUCAGAACUUGCUCGUCCGAUUGCCCGACACGGUGUGGGAAAUGGUAUAUGUAUUGUUGAUAAUGGCUUGGGAUCUAAUGUAGUCUGUAUCGAGAAAGUCAGCAUCUGUGGUGAUAUUAGGAUAGUUAAGCCGCCAUUACUUGUGGAAAGUUUUUCGAUGUUCAGCAGUGCUAGGGCUAAUGCUUGUGUCUGGAGUGGAAAAUGGAUGUACGAAGUUAUUUUAGAAACUUCAGGUAUACAACAGCUUGGGUGGGCAACCCUUGCUUGCCCCUUUACUGACCAUGAGGGUGUCGGUGAUGCAGAUGAUUCCUAUGCUUUUGAUGGCAGAAGAGUUCGCAAAUGGAACAAGGAGGCUGAGAGGUAUGGUCAGUCUUGGGUUGUUGGUGAUGUCAUUGGAUGUUGUAUUGACUUGGAUAGAAAUGAAAUAUCGUUCUAUAGGAAUGGCAUCUCACUUGGGGUUGCAUUUUCUGGGAUUCGCAAAAUGGGUCCUGGUAUUGGAUAUUAUCCAGCAAUAUCUCUAUCUCAAGGUGAGAGAUGUGAAAUAAAUUUUGGUGCACACCCUUUUAAAUAUCCUAUUGAUGGCUACUUGCCCCUUCAAGCACCCCCAUCGAUAAACAGUUUUGCUUCCCAUAUGCUGAAAUGCUUAUCAAGGAUUUUGGAAGAGAAACGCAUAGAAUGCCUUGAGAUUAACUCCGUUGAGAAACUAAGGAGAUUGAAAAGGUUUGUUUCAGUUGAAGAACUAUUUCAUCCUGUCUCUAUUGGGAUUUGUGAUGAAUUCUUCUCUGCACUUGAAGUUGAUGCAAAUGGUAUUGAGUAUAUUGGACGGGGUCCUUUUUUUUCAUUCAUGAUGGAAGUGUUUGGACAACAGCCACCACACAAUCACUCAAGCUUAGAUAGAAUUAUUGAUGUCCUCCUAAGAUGUCAAGGCUCUCUUGCAUUAUUUGAGCAUUUAAUAAAUGCCCUUUCAUGUAGCUGUAAAACAUCACCACUAAUCUUAACUGAGUGCCCAUAUUCUGGAUCCUAUUCCUAUCUUGCAUUGGCUUGUCACAUCUUCAGACGAGAAGAAUUAAUGGUGCUUUGGUGGAAGUCAGUUGAUUUUGAAUUCCUCUUUGAAGGGUUUUUAUCACGGAAGAAUCCAAAUAAGCAGGAUCUUGAGUAUAUGAUGCCCUCGGUUUGGUGGCCUGGUUCACGUGAGGAUGUGUCAUACGAAAGUAGCAUGGAUUUAACUACAACAGCUCUAUCUGAAGCAAUAAAUGAGAUUGAGGAGAAGCACAGAGAUCUUUGCCGCCUUGUCAUUCAGUUCAUUCCACCCACAACAUCUCCCCAGUUGCCAGGUUCAGUAUUUAGAACAUUUUUGCAGAACCUAUUACUGAAGAACAGAGGAGCUGAUCAUAAUGCAUCCCCUUCUGGAGUUUUAAGCAAUUCAAUUGUUGUUUCUCUAUAUGCUGUGAUACUUCACUUCUUGUCUGAAGGAUUUGGAAUGGGCAGUGUUUGUGACUGGUUGAGAAGUAAUGAAAGUGAUGGCCCUGAUACUGGUUUUCUUCAUAGAGGUGGGCAACGCAGUUUCCCUGUAUAUUUGUUCUUUAAAGAUGAGUCCCAUCGAACUGUCACAGCUAGGCUUGGAGGUUCAUACAAUCAUAUAUCAAAAUUACAUCCUCAUGAUCAAGAAGUGGAAGUAAUUCAUUGGGAGGAAGGUUGCAUGGAUGACCAUGAGACCAGAGUAACUCAUUCCACCAGGCAGAAGCCAUGUUGCUGUUCAAGUUAUGAUGCUGAAGGCAUGAGGAGUUCAAAGGAUCCUAUUAAGCAUGCUAUCAGAAAUUCUCGUGGAAUUCCUAUGCACGAUAGAUCUGCUCAUGUUGCUAGUGAAUGUAGUGCUGGAAAUUUGAAUGAUGAAAUAACUGACAAACCAAGUUCAAGCGAUCAAUCUGAUGCACAGUUUGGGUAUUGCUCAAUGCAGCACAUGAGGAUUGUACCAAGAGAGACAAAUACAUCUUCAGCUACAUUAAGAGAAGAAGAACUUUUAGACUUCUUGCUUCUCUUUUAUCACAUGGGACUUGCACCAGAUUUUAAGCAGGCAUCACAUUACAUGUCACAUCAAUCUCAGUUAAUAGCUCUUCUUGAAGAAACUGAUAAACAGAUAAGAGAACGAGCUUGUAGGGAGCAAAUAAAGCGUCUAAAAGAAGCUCGUAGCACUUACAGAGAGGAGGUGAUUGAAUGUGUCAGACAUUGUGCGUGGAAUCGCAUUUCUUUGUUUUCCCAGUGGAAGCAAAGAGGAAUGUAUGCAAUGUGCAUGUGGACUGUUCAGUUGCUUCUCGUUCUUAGCAAAAUGGAUUCGAUGUUUAUUUAUGUCCCUGAGUUUUAUGUGGAAGCACUGGUUGACUGCUUCCAUGUGUUACGCAAGGGUGAUCCUGCAUUUGUACCUUCAACCAUAUUUCUCAAGCAAGGACUUGCGUCAUUUGCAGGUAUAAAAAAUGUGAAGAUUGAUAUCUCCAACACUAUUGUAGUUUUUUUCCCUUCAGAAUUACUUGUGACAUUUGUAGUUACUCACUUCAAUGACCCAAGGAUAUCAAGUGCCGAUCUAAAAGAUCUGCUUCUUCAGUCCAUAUCUGUUCUUGUUCAGUACAAAGAAUAUUUGGUCACUUUUGAGAGUAACGAGGCAGCUACACAAAAGUUGCCGAAGUCAUUGCUAUUAGCAUUUGAUAACAGAUCCUGGAUUCCCGUGACGAACAUUCUUUUGCGACUAUGCAAAGGUUCUGGCUUUGGUUCUUCAAAGUAUGGAGAAUCGUCGUCGUCAUCCAUCACAUUUCAGAUACUACUACGAGAGGCAUGUGUCACGGAUGAAGGGCUGUUCUCACCUUUUCUUAAUCGUUUAUUCAAUACUCUUAGCUGGACUAUGACUGAAUUCUCAGUUUCAAUUCGAGAAAUGCAAGAAAAAUACCAGGUACUAGAUUCUCACCAAAGAAAAUGCAAUGUCAUAUUUGAUCUUUCAUGCAAUCUGGCAAGGGUUUUGGAAUUCUUUACCCGGGAAAUCCCUCAAGCAUUCCUGUUAGGAUCUGAUACGAAUCUCAGAAGGUUGACUGAGUUAGUACUUUUUGUGCUGAACCAUGUAACUUCAGCAGCAGAUGCUGAAUUCUUUGACUUGUCUCUUAGACGUAAUGGCCAAUCUCUAGAGAAAGUAAACAGAGGCAUGAUAUUGGCUCCUCUGGUUGGUAUCAUCUUGAAUCUGUGGGAUGCUAGUGCUGAGCUGAAGUACAAAGAAUACAAUGACAUUGUUGGUAUUUUCGCUAGCAUGGAAUGUCCAAAUACUGUAAACUGUGGAUUUCGGCUUCUGUUGGAUUACAACUGGGCUGGUUCCUUUAGAGGGGAUGGUUAUGUUGCACAACUUGAACGGCUGGAGAACUUUUUAAGCCUUCUUCUUUAUAGGAUGGAGUCUUUGGCUCUUGAUAACUCCGCAUUUGAUGACCAAACAGAUGCUAGUGACAGCAUAUGCUGCAUCUGUUAUGCAAGUGUAGCUGAUGCAUGUUUUAAACCCUGCUCUCACCAGUCAUGCUAUGGUUGUAUUUCCAGGCAUCUUUUGAAUUGUGAGAGAUGUUUCUUUUGCAACGCAGCAGUGGAGGACGUUUUCAGGGCUGGUACUAAUUAGACAUUUUAGUAAGUAUUUAUGUUCCACACUAUUGAAAAAAAGAAAAUAAGACAGCACCAAUUUUGGUGGUGCAGACCUGGCAACCAAUGAACUUAAUAGGCGCAAUCAUUGUGCUGAUACAAAUGAGGUCCUAUCAGAGGAGGCAAUUAUUUAAUUAAUUAUUAUUACUUUUUGGUACCUUUUUUUUUGGGGGGGGGGGGGGGGGGGGGGGGUUGGAAUAGAAGAUAGUUUGAAUCAAAUUUAAACAUGUAGCAAUAUAGUUGUAUAGGUGUACAAAUUGGGUUAUAUGUCAAAGCAUAUCCUGGUUAGGGAAUUUUGUAGUAAGUUUGAGGGGGAAUAUUCUGUAUAUAUGAGAUGUAAAUACCAAGGAAAGUACUUGAUGACUCCCCUUUUCCUCUCUAUCACUUUCUCUGACUUAGUGAAUCACUAUAUUUUUUAAUCAUACCAUAAUUAUCCGUAGAGACCCAUUGCUCAAAAUGGAGCUCCUCGUUUUGGAUUUCUCAAAGGGAUUUGACUAUAGCCUACAGAAUUCCUCUGAUAAUCAGUGAAGGAUUUUAAAAUGAAGUAGCGGAAAAAGAAGAAGGCUAGCUACCAUCAAAAUCUCAUUCUGGUUCAAGAGCUAAAAAGAUAGAAUUAUGUAGCUGGAAGUGGCAUUUUCAACAAAGUACAUCUUCAAAAAGGAAGGUUUGGCUGUGGGAACAGAUUGCUUCUCUUCCGCUGCUUGCAUGGAUUGAAGUUUGGUUCAAAAGAGGGUUGCAGUGCUCGUGCUCGUGCUCUUCCUUGUUGUAAAGGAUAUGCUAUCAACUUCAAGGUAGAGAUGGAAGUUGUAAAGUCAUAAUGCCUCCAGGAGAAAUAGAAAUCCAAUUUUGGACAUUGAUCUUUGGAUGAAAGGAAGUCUUGUGAGAAAGUGAGCAAGUGUGGCUCUCGGAUGCAUACAAAGUGAGUUCUCUUUGAGAUCCCAGUGUAAAUAUGUUUCAUUAGCAGUAAAAGCUAUCUACCAUGCACCAUUAUGAUGAGUGCAAAAUAUUUCCUUCAUUUGGAAUCCGGUUGUCUCCCCCUUAUAAAAUAGGGAACUCAUGUUUUAAUGGUUACUCAAGUGAAUCUAGAGAUAUAGCUCUGAUUAUUUAGCUUUAAA